AUGGUGCAAAUAGUUAAUAGAGAGGACAGAAUAUCGGAGUUGCCUGUACACAUAGUUUAUGACAUCUUGUGUCGGAUUCGUCGAUAUGGGUUAAAAGAAGAAGCUCGAACUUGCGUCUUGUCUAAAACAUGGAGUUCAAUUUGGAGAUCACGACCGGAUGUAAUAAUUAACCAAUCCAUCCACAACAGUUUCAUGAAAUCCACGGAGAAAUUUAUCAAAUUCGUCGACGAUUCCUUGCGCCCCUAUGUCGAGCAAAACUCAAGAGUCGAAACACUCCGUCUCCUAUGCCUUCAUGAUCAGGAAUUGGCUUCACAUAUUGAUCGAUGGUUGAAUUUGGUGAUUAAACUUAAUGUCAGAUCUCUAGAAAUUUACGCGAUGUUUAAUUUGAAAUAUAGCGUGCAUGAGGCUAUUUGUGCAGCUAAGACGCUGACUGAGUUAUCGCUACGCGUGUGCAACUUUCAAAUAGAUAAUAGUACCAGUACCACCAACAAAUUGCAAAGAUUAAUCAGUAUAUGCAUGUUAAUCAGGGAUCUAAAAAUAAGUCGUUGUUGGGGGAUCCAAAAUUUGCUUAUUUUCGGUCUAGUAAAUCUGGAGAAAUUGGAGCUACGUUCGCGUGAAAGACUCGAAAAGGUGGAAAUCCAGGCUCCAAAUCUUCGAAAAUUUGUAUAUGUUGGUGUGCCUUUGCACAAUUGCCUGAAGGCACGUGAACCAAAAUUGCUGCCUUGCACAAUUGAUAUUUUAGAUGUGUUUAUUCGAAAAAUCGGAUAG